ACCAACUCGGCGGUUCCGUGUUCGAACCUGCUGAAUACGAACUGUAGGCGAGCAGCGGUGUUCACAUCUGUCAGUGUUAGGACACAAAGACAGAACACAUUGUCCACAUAAAGCCUACAAUGACAGAUAGGAAACCGUGUAAGGUGUGCAAUUUCACACGACAGAAGUCUUAUGGGUUGGUUGUUCCGUCCUUAGACGAGCUGAAAGCAAAAGGAUGCGAGUUUCUCGGCUUCAGCCCCAGUGACCCGGUCACAGUGGUCCUAGAGGAUGAUGGGACCAUAGUAGAGGAUCAGGCCUACUUUUUGUGUUUACCCGUAAACACUAAGUUCAUGCUGUUGCAUGAAAAAGAGACAUGGUCUCCACUUCGCAGGAUGGAUGGUGGCACGGCCUGGAUGGCCAGAGAUUCUAUGUUGCUGGAGAGUGAUGCUGUGGACGCCUCCACUGCUGAAGCACCCUGGUUCGACCUUGCUCAACAGCUGAAGCAGGACCUUGCCAGCAUCAUCCUCAUGUCAGAGGCAGACUUACAGAUGUUAGUGGAUGCCCCGCGGCCUGAGCUAGCCCUUGCUCUGGGCUUCCAAGAGAAGAAGGCAGAGGAUCUCCAGGAGACGCUGCAGAGGGUUUUGGACCGACGAGAGGAGGAGAGACAGUCCAAGGAGUUGCUCCAGCUCUACCUCAAAGCUGCGGACAAAGAAGACAGACAGCAGGAAGAGCCAAGCCAGGGAGGGGCUGGAGACGUGGAUGUGCCAGACGGGAUGGAGGUGGACUCUGCAUCUGGGUUCAUGUCCAGGACACUGAUGGUCCUGAAAGGCAAAACAAGCCCAGAGACCAGACUGUCCACUGAAGAUCUGCAGAUGGUAGUGAGCAGAGGGGUGGAAGCUAUGGAGCAGGUGCUGGGCUGGGACAGAACAAAGACGUCCGCACUGCUCCAGGCCUGCAAAGCCGAGCUGACCAAACGUCUCGAGCAGAUUCAGGCCGUGCAGUCCAUCAGGAGCAACACACUGGUGGACAGCAGCCAGCAGUCCAGUGAGAAGAGUGCGGAGCAGGGCGUAAAAACAGCAGCCCAAGGCAGCAACUAGACCGAGGCUUCACCUGAGCAGAGACUGAUAAGAACUUACACUACCUGCCUCAGGGUCAGUGGAAUGGGAUUUAUCCUGUGGUACUGAUAAUAUCCAUAAUGUGGGAAUUCAUGAAUGUUAAUGAUGUUGACGUUUGCAUCACUUUGUCAAACUUGCUAACCACUUGAAUGCUUCUGCACCGAGAGGAAGUCAUUUGCACAAGUCAUGUUUAUCAAAGACAGGUUUGCAUUAACCACUUGCAUCAAAUUUCUAUUGGCUCCUUAUUUUGAUGAGUGCCAUGCUGUGAAAAUAAUCACAGAAAAAAAUAUUCAUGGGAAACUCAAAGCAAUAGAGCCAGCUAGCUUAGCAUAGCAUAAAUACAGGAAAUUGUGGGAAACAGCUAACUCUGUCCGAAGGUAACACAUUCUGCCCAUCAGCACCUUGUAAGCUCACUUAACACCUUAUAUCUUGCUGUAUUCUCCAUUGGUUGCCUGGUAACCUCACUGUGAUGACAAGAGUCUAGGAAGUGCUUGACCAAGAAAUAGUCCUACACAAACCCCCCUCCAGUUAAACAUAAAAGAUAUAGCAUAUUAACUAAUGAGCUAUAGGGGUGCUAGUAGGUGGAUUCUGUGAUCUUCAGACAAAGCCAGGCUUGCUGUUUCCAGUCUUUAUGCUAAGCUAUGCUGCUGGCUCCAGCUUGAUAUUUUAGUGCACAGAUACGAGAGUGGAAUCAAUCUUCUCAUUUAACUGUUAUGUGUAAUUAUUGCUUAUGGUUAAACUGUUACUGUUGAAUCAGCUUCCCAGUAUUGUUUGCAUUCUUCUAUCCAUUUAAACACUGCCAUGUAAGACAGAAGCUGUGCGCUCCAUUCUAUGUUAUGUUAUGAUAAAUAAGAAAAUAUAUAGUUUGAACUAGCAACGGAAACCCUGUGGAUCUCCAGCAUAUGGUGAGUGACAAAAUAUAUGAUUUUUUGUCUGUUUUACAUUUUAUAUGUGCUAUCACUGAAAUUAUAUUUACAUCCUAAAUAUAGGGGCUCUUUGCUCUUUUUGGAAGUUUAGAGUAGCAGUGUGUUCUUAUCAGGUUGAUCCUGCCCCUCAUAACUUGUUGCUGCUUGUUCUCUUCCUCAGUGACUACUACAGAAAGUGUUCAAAUAUGAUGUUCCCACUACAGUGCCAUAGUUUUAUAGUCCAACAGUAGACUCUUAAUGUGAAGCAAUUUAUAAGUUGUGAUGAAAACACCGAAAUAUAAUAACAGGUUUCCCUAUAAUGAACAUAAACAUUUUUAUAAAUAUACGCUUGCCUACAUAUGGCUUUUUUCUUUCCGUUUUUUUACCACAGUCUUCAUGUAUGUGCACCUUGGUGUGAAAUGUCACCAUUAACUGGUGUGUCACCAUUUGGGGAAUCUCUACAUUGAAGGUGGAAGUACCAUAGUAUAAGGAACGCAGAAACUAUCUUAACGCGUAACUUGUAGUGCACCAAAUCACAGAGAAAUGUUCUUUCUGAGAUAUAUGCAAAUGCUGACAUGGACCAAAUAGAUUUGUGUAAAAGAUGCGAUUGCAUGAGUAAAUACAUCUUUUUGAAUGGGAUACACAGAUCAUUAUUCUAAAAAUGAAAAGUCUGACCAUUUAAGAUGUACAUCACUUCAUACAUGCAAGCCUCAUUGAGCACAUUGUGGAUGACCUUAUGGGUAAGAAUGACAUCGCUUCAUCCUUGAGUUACGUAGAACCAAUAUUUCUGGAUGAGAGCUCAUUUAAGAAAAUCUAUUUUAUACUAUUAUUAUAGUUAUGUAUCAGUCUGGUGACUGUGUGAUGUAAGACAGUGUGUACAAUGUAUGCAGGUCUCUGUGACUCAUAGGUCAUGUGGAAGAUAGCCUUUGUCAUGCCUGUCAUCUCAUCCUCGGUCUCUUGAACAAGUGACAAAUGAUGGUUGAUUUGAAUUUGCAGAAGGUUCAUCUUUUUGUGUUGUGGUGAGAUUGAGUUGUCACUACUGGCUUGUACUUUUAGUAUUAGAUACAGGGAAAGUGGGGCAAGAUCUAUUUACUCAGUGUUUUGUGUAUGUUCUGAAAUGAGGUUGACUCUCAGCACAUUGCGAGGUUUCACCAAAAGUAACCUCUCACUAUUCUUCUUUUAAACCCCUGUAAGAAUUAUCUUGUGAGUUCCCUAACACAUUUGCAUUUUGUAUUUAAUUUAAUCGUGUACCUCAAAUGUUACAAAAGGAAGUUGUAUGUGACUGUAAAGUAUGUGAUUUAAGGUGCCUUUUAUAAACACGUUGGUACGAGGAAUUUUCUAAAAUAAACCAGCCCUCAAACUUUUGACAGAGCUGUUGCGGCACCUUUUUUAUUGCUGUAUAUUAUAUGCAUGUAAAAUUAUGCACUGACAAAUAUCACAUUCUGUAUUAUUGAGACUCCACUUCCUCUUAAGACUUAAUCAAAAGCCAAGCAUUGUGUAGUGAGACAGAACUUUAGUUUUGGUUGUGAAAAUAAAAUGUAAAUACCCUAAAGUACUGAUUAACAAGUGCUUUUCCAUAGUCAGAAAUAACAGACAAAUAUUUUUAACACAGUGAGCCUCCUUUUAUAUCUAUCUCUUCACAUACAGCAGGUUCAAGCUAGAGAUGCAAGGUUGUCAACAAAAUAGUGAUGGGCAUAUUAGCUGUAAGCCUAUUGGCUUCAUGCUGCCGCCAGAUAUUUUCCAACUGUUGGUUAAUGGGUUUCAUAGUGUGCGUAAUUCCUGUGGAAUUGGCUCCAACUAGGCUGAACAGUUAGAAGUGAGUGGGCAACGGGAGCAGUCGAUUGUGCUUUCAUGUGUCACACUGUCUUGGUGGAUUAGAUUAUGAGUUAACAGUGCUCAGGCAACAACUGCAGGUUUGCUCUAUAAGCACUCAGUUGCCCUGAGGACUGUCUGGGCUUUUCAUGGUGGAAACAAAUCUUAUCCCAUAUGGUCAGAUGACUUUCAGAGAACACAUAUCCACCCAAGACCUUACGAUGCUGUUGGUUUGCAAAUGCCGAGGUGAUGUAUGGGUCAGUACGUACGUUGCCUUGGUAAGUUGUGGUGGCCUUCAAAGUACAACAUAUGUAGUACAGUUCAGUCAAAGUUAAUGAGGUUUUAAAAAAGUCACAAGUUCAUAGAAAAGUGGCGUUUGCUUAAUUGUAAGAGACAAGAAAAAAAACUGAAACAGUACAAGUAAAUCAACACAAGUGCUUUUCUUUCUCACAUCCACACAGACAGGCGUGCUCUUUUGCCCCACUUGUGGGGCACAGAUGGAGAAAACGUUAGGUAGUGAAUGCAAAAGUGUCAAAUGAGAGGCAAUUUCAUGGGACUGAAGAACCCUAUAAUGACUGUUUUGAUAGAGGAGUAGAGCUAGGAUUGCUGAGAACAAGCUGCAUAAUGUAUGAAGGUUAAACGUCUAGCAUUCACUGCUUCUUAGACCAGACUGACUGACUGGAAUACUACACAGAAUUAAUUUAUUAUUUCUGCCUGAGCAUUAAAAUGUGUUUCUGUCUUUAGCUAGAAAAGAGCAGAUUGGUUUUCAUUCAGCUACAGUAGUUUGAGGAAUACUUUAUUUUCUUUGAUUAAAAUGCUUUUCACAUAUGGCUAGUUGCAUUUUAUGGUAACAUUUACAGUAUUUUAAUUAACUUUUUUUUCUAAACUAGUAAGUCAAACUGUCUUUUGAGUCAUUUGCACAAUUAACAAAACAAUAAAACAAAAUACAAAAGUGAUUAAAAGAGGAUUGUGCUGGUGAGAUUAUAGCAGUAUCUAGAAAUUGACAGACAAUGAAGGAUUAGAAAUUUGUCGUGAUCAAACAAUAUCUAAGCUUAAUCACAAAAAUGAUCGUUGUGUUAAGUUGCCACUUAAAAGGUACUGUGUAAACUACACAUACAAUGUUAAUGUCAACAAGCUAUUAGUCUUUAGUUAGAAUGAGGGAU